AUCCAAAAACAAGAACAAAAGCAUAAAAAAAAGGGCGCGUCAUACGUUCCAAGCGAAUAUCCCCAUCAACAUGUUCUAAGCAUAAUCUCAAAUUUUAUCCAGGCAUCGCUUGCACGACAAAGAAGAAGAAAGAGCACAAAGGAGGAAAGGCAAUCGGAGCCAGAAACCAGAAAUGGCAUUACUCCUUCACUGCCGUCCAGUUCCUUCCAUUGGAGUCCGCAGCCUGGUUCCCCGGUCACCGCACCUCCCCAAAACCCUGGUCCCCAAUGAGCUGAAGGUCUGCUGCUCCGCUUCUCACCACUCUCACAAGUGGAGAAGGGAUUAUACGAGCGUCAUGAUAGUCCCGACAGGCGUGGGCGCCUCCAUUGGCGGAUAUGCAGGUGAUGCUAUGCCCGUCGCUCGCGCCCUCUCUUCCGUCGUCGAUUGCCUAAUUUCUCAUCCUAAUGUGCUUAAUGCAGCAAUGCUUUAUUGGCCCUUGCCAAAUUUAUUAUAUGUUGAAGGUCAUGCUCUUGAUCGGUUUGCUGAGGGCUUGUGGGCACUGCAGCCAGUUCACCAAAAUAAGGUGGGAUUAGUCCUUGAUGCUGGAAUAGAAGAAGAGCUUCGAAUUCGGCAUUUACAGGUGGCUGAUGCAACAAGGGCGUCCCUUGGGUUUCCUCUUGUGGAAUAUAUUGUCACUGAUACUGCUUUACAGGUGGAGAAAUGGGUUGAUCCAAAUACUGGGCAAUCAACUGGAAGGAUUAAGCAUCCCAAUUCACUGUUAAGAGCUGUGCAAACUUUAGUUAGCUGGUCGCAGGUGAAUGCCAUUGCAGUUGUGGCACGCUUCCCUGAUGAUGUUACUGAAGACAUUGAUGACUAUCGAAAAGGGAUGGGAAUAGAUCUUUUAGCAGGUGUGGAAGCAGUUAUAAGUCAUCUAGUCGUGAAGGAAUUCCAAAUCCCUUGUGCACAUGCUCCUGCAUUAUUACCUUUGCCUUUGAGCCCAUCCAUAUGUCCAAGAUCAGCUGCUGAGGAGAUAGGAUACACAUUCUUGCCAUGUGUGCUUGCUGGGCUAAGCAAUGCACCACAAUAUAUAGACAGUAAGCCUGAGUCCUUGGAGAAUGGUUGUAUAUUGGCAAGUGAUGUUGACAGUGUCAUUCUUCCCAGAGAUGCUUGUGGUGGAGAGGGUGCUAUGGCUUUCGCGAGAAGCAAAAGAAACAAGCCACUUAUUAUUACUGUUGAGGAAAAUGAAACAGUUCUCAAUGAUACACCAGAUAAACAUGGGAUUGAAGCGGUCAAGGUCUCAAACUACUGGGAAGCAACCGGUGUUGUUGCAGCUCACAAGGCUGGAAUAGACCCAAUGUCUCUCCGACGAAAUGCAGUUGAUAACAUUCGGGGCACUUCCUUAAUGCUUUCCAAUGGUUUUGCAGUCUCAGGUGCCAAUCUCCAGAAUUUGAUUUGAGUUGCUGCGUACAUAUAUAUAUAUAUAUUUUUCUCUCCAAAUUGUAUUUCAAAAUUUGAAAGCUAUGAUCUGCUUGUUCACAAUAGCCAUGUUUGAAGAUAAUUAUUCUUUUUGUAUUGACUAAGAACUAAUGACCAUAUUUAUUAAUAUUGUUAAAAGUAGGCCAGGCUUACGUUUAGGUUUUCA